UAUUUUCUUUGUGAGAGCAGUGAGUGAGUGGGACAGUAGGAGGAGCGCUGUGUCUCUCUCUCUCUCUCCUAUUAUUAGAAUAGCGACACACGUUCGUGCUCCGUCCACUGCAAGCAUGGCUGGCGACACUGAAACACAUCUUCUGGACAGAGAGGAGAACGGCCACACCAUCCGACAGCCUUUCCUCAUCGGUGUGUCUGGAGGCACCGCCAGUGGAAAGUCUUCAGUAUGUGAGAAGAUCAUGGAGCUGUUGGGCCAGAAUAAAAUUGACCGUCAUCAGCGGCAGGUGGUCAUCCUCAGUCAAGACAGCUUUUACAGGGAGCUCACGCCUGAACAGAAGGCCAAAGCACUCAAGGGACAGUUUAACUUCGAUCACCCAGAUGCUUUUGACAGUGAGCUCAUCAUGAAGACUCUGCGUGACAUCAUUCAGGGGAACACUGUGCACAUCCCAGUUUAUGACUUUGUUACCCAUUCCAGGAAGGAUGAAUUUGUGACCGUGUAUCCAGCAGAUGUGGUUCUCUUUGAGGGGAUUCUCAUGUUCUACUCGCAAGAGAUUCGAGAUCUGUUCCAAAUGAAACUGUUUGUGGACACAGACCCAGACACGCGACUCUCGCGAAGAGUGUUACGGGACAUCAGUGAGAGAGGCAGAGAGUUGGAGCAGGUUCUGAACCAGUACAUCACCUUUGUAAAGCCAGCCUUUGAGGAGUUCUGUCUUCCUACCAAAAAGUAUGCGGACGUCAUCAUCCCCCGAGGAGCAGACAAUCUCGUGGCUAUUAAUCUGAUUGUGCAGCAUAUUCAGGAUAUCCUGAAUGGAGGAUUCACCAAACGACAGAAUGGUUUACAGAACGGCCACGGGACACCCAGACAAAGACGGGCAUCUGAGUCGAGUAGACCUCACUGACCUCACUGUGACCCUUCCCUCUAUUGAGGAGAGGGUGGAACUGAAUAACAGUGGCAUCCCUUUGAGAACAAGGGGAUGCAGGAGCUGAAAUGCCUUUGUUAUUGUUACUAUUAUUUGCAUUUGAAAUGUUGUUGUUGUGGAUAAUUGUUUGCUUUUUCAGAGGGUUUUGAAGGUGCUGUAUGUUUUUUGGAAGUUUUGAUUGCACACUCAACCUGUCCUGUCAGUGUCUAUCUGCUUUCUCAGCGACUCAGAAAAUAAAUGAAUAGUAUGGAAUGUUUCUAGAGACAACGUUGAUCACAGUGCGGUUAGCACACAUACUUGAAGUCAGAGCUCAGGUUGGGUGGGUUGUUCCAUCCACAAAGAAAAAAACCCCUGCUACCUCAUAUUUGAGGCCCUUUUAUGUGUGUGAGUGAAGAGAUGUGUGAUUUCGUAAAGACAGCAAUAUGGUACACUAGCAUUUUAUAUUGUCAUUUUUUUUUUUUUAAGCUUUCUAGUCGAAUCUCAAUGUUGUUACAUGGUUUUUAUAAUUGUAGUGUUUUGUACAUAUAACGUGGCAAAACUAGAUUUACUGUGUUACCAGAAAUGGUUUUUGUUUUUGCCCACAAUAUCUCAGUGUGCAUAGUGUAAGAUUUUAUGCCAAUUAUACCAGUAAUAAUGGCUUACCUGAUUCCCAAUUACUAGAAUUUGAUGUAAAACCAGAUAAAAUCAGGGACUACAGUCAGAUAUGUUGGUCUUUGUAACAUAAAAUACCUCAGACACUGUUAUUAUUAACAUCAAGAGAUUGAUUACUUGAACUUUAGUAACUACUACUGCGCACUACUUCAGUGAGCUUGUGUGCUUCCUUUCCCCUUCAAGCCUUUGUGCCACGUAUUUUUUUAAGGAUUUAUCACCAGAUGAAUUAUUUAUAUCUGGUUUUGCUGAUGAAUAAUCCAUUACGUUGUGGUGGAAUAAAAUUAUAAAACUAUAAA